UGCACUCACAGCAGAAGGGAAAGCAGGAGGUCAGGGCCUCUAGAGCCCCUUCACAGCCUGUCAACAGGAAAGGGAAGAUGGGAGGACGGAAGAUAGCAAGGGAUGAAGAAAACGCCUAUGGUUCCGAAGAUGAGCCCGGGUCCCGGCAGGAGCCUCAGCUGAGGCUCAUCCUGGUGGGCAGAACAGGCACCGGUAAGAGUGCCACGGGGAACAGCAUCCUGGGCCACAGGCGUUUCCUCUCCAGGCUCGGAGCCACAGCCCUGACCAGAGCCUGCGCCACCGCCAGCCGAAAGUGGGGCCGGUGGCACGUGGACAUCGUGGACACCCCGGACAUUUUCCGAUCCGAAGUCCACGCGACAGACCCAGCGCACACGGAGAGAGGGCGCUGCUACCUGCUGUCCGCCCCCGGGCCACACGCGCUGCUCCUGGUGACCCAGCUGGGCCGCUACACCGCCCAGGACCAGGAGGCACUGAGGAAGGUGAAGGAGAUGUUUGGGAAGGACGUGGUGGCGCAAACUGUCGUUGUCUUCACCAGGAAGGCAGACCUGGCGGGGGGCUCUCUGCAGGAUUACGUGCGCUCCUCGGAGAACCGGGCCCUGCGGGAGAUGGUAGCGGAGUGCGGGGGCCGAGCCUACGCCUUGGACAACCGGGCCACUGGCAGAGAGUUGGAGGCCCAGGUGGAGGAGCUGCUGCACCUGGUCGAGGGCCUGGUGCGCGAGCGCGGGGGCGCGCACUACACCAACCAGGUGUAUGACCUGGUGCGCUCGCUGCGCGGGGCGCACCCGGAAGAACAGCUCCGAAGGGUGGCAGAGAGGGUGGCGGCUCACAUGCACAGGCCUCGCGGAGUCGGGCUGCUGGCCAAGCUGUGGGAGUGGCCCAAGUCCCACUGGACCCGCUGGAGACGGGACGUGGCCAUCCUGCUGGGAGUCGCCCUCCUGGUCUACGUGUUGGUCUACAGGCACGCACCACAGCCCCCGGGUGACCUGAAUGAUAUUCGCCGGGUUGCCGCCGCCCCCUGCGGGCGCCAGGCGGGGUCGGGCCGCCUCACCACGCGGCUUCUCCCUUUAGUGCGGCUGAUCCCCAGCCUCAGCGGCUCAGCGCGCCAGACCUGGACCGAGCCCGCCCGACACGCCCCGAAGAGAAUGGAGGGGUUGCAGAAGAGCGUAUAUGGAGCCAUGGCUGCAGGUGGACUGGAAGAUAACAGGUUUGCAGUGCGUCCGCCAUUGAGGAUCAUCCUGGUGGGAAAAACGGGCAGUGGGAAGAGUGCCACAGGCAACAGCAUCCUCUGCCGGCCAGCCUUCCAGUCCAGGCUGCGGGCCCGGUCAGUGACCAGCUCGUGCCAGGGGGAGAUGGGCACGUGGAAUGGGAGGAGCAUCCUGGUGGUCGAUACGCCCCCCAUCUUCGAGUCAAGGGCCUGGACUCAAGAGACCUACAAGGACAUCGGGGACUGUUACUGGCUGUCAGCCCCAGGGCCCCACGUGCUGCUCCUGGUGACCCAGCUCGGGCGCUUCACCGCCCAGGACACCAUGGCGGUGAGGAGGGUGAAGGAGGUCUUCGGGGCAGAGACCAUGAGGCACAUGGUCAUCUUGUUCACUCACAAGGAGGACCUGGGGGACAAGUCCCUGGACAGCUAUGUGGCGAGCACGGACAACUGCAGCCUGCAGGCUCUGGUGCAGGAGUGCGGGAGGCGGUACUGCGCCUUCAACAAUCGGGCAGCCUGCCAGGAGCAGCUCGGGCAGCUGGCUGAGCUCAGGGCCGUGCUGGACGGGUUGCAGUGUGAGCUGAAAGGCUGCUUCCUCAGCAAUGACCUGUUCCUUUGGGCCCAUGUGCUGCGGCAGGGUGGGGAUGCUGCUGGCCAGGAAGACCACAGGCGCUACCUGGCCCAGGUGAGGCAGCAGGUGCAGAAGCAGAGGCGGGAGCUGAACGAGGCAGAGAACAACUGCGUGUGUAGGGCGCUCCUCAGAGCCCAAGACUGGAUGGUGUCCCAUGUUGUAAUAUCUGCCUGUCUUAUUAUAUGUGGUUUGAUUUUUCUUGCACUUUUAAUUAACUUUAGUUUUCUUCAGGGAAACUGAGCACUUCCUGGUGAUUUCUACAAUCAGAUGUUUUUCCAGGUUCUCCAUCUCGGUCUGUGUAUGUGCGGUGCUGUACAUUUUACACAGUUUCACUUUGUUUUGCUUUCUUGCAUGAGUCAUUUUAUGUAUUUUCCUGGAAGUGCUUUUAGGUAAAUAACUCAAAGGAAAAUUUUUCUGUUCUUGUUUGGUACCAAAAGAAAAAAAUUAUGAUAAAGAAAAUGUAAUAUCUAUACACAAUGGAGUACUACUGUGCUCUAAAGAUGGAUAAACUUGAGUCAUUUGUAGGAAAAUGGAUGCACCUUGAGACCAUAAUGUUACAUGAAACAAAUCAUUUUCUUAAAUGAGAAACCCAAAGUAUAAACAAAUCAAAGACCAAACUAAAAGAUAGAUGCAGUGGUACCUUGGUUCACAAACACUUUUGUUUGCAAAAAAUUUGGUGUGCAAACAGAAGCUUUGGGCAAAAUUUUGUUUUUGUUUACAAACUCUGCUUUGGGUGAUGUCAUUCCCACACAAAUACAAAUGUGGCCGUCUUUUCCAAAACCAUGGUACAAAGUAAGUUUGUGAGCUGAGGUAGCGCUGUAAUAGGAAGUAGGGAGGGAGGUAGAUCUUUUGCAGAUGAGAAGGAUACCAAGAGAUGGCGGUAGGGGGUGGGGAAAGGGGAGAGGGAUGUACAAAGAAUGAAGCUGCUGGGGAUUUAGCUCAGUGGUUCCGCUGCCUGCUUCGCAACCACAAGGACCUGAGUUCAAUCCCCGGCACCAAAAAAAAAAGAAGAAGAAUGAAGCUGUGCUAUGUGCCCAUGCCAGCUCCCCGCAAGGAAUGUAAGUGUUGCGCACUGCAAACAUGGACUGCUAUAGAUAAACAGUGAGAGUAAAGAGUAAACCAACUGGAUACUGACCUCGUGAAGUCUCUGGGGGCUUGCAGGAAGGAAGGCAUGUGAACUGUGAGGCUAGGGGACUGUGUACCUCUGAACCCCUACUUUCUAUAGGUGUGAUGUUGGGAAGAGAAACAUGCUCUCUGCAAAGCUGGUAGCGGAAGUUCUCACUUUAUUCAUAAUUUAUUCAUUAGCCAGAGCUCGUUGUGGCCUGUAAAUGAUGAUACCCCUCACUUCUCAGUUCCCUCCAGAGGAAGAUAGGGUGGCGUGAUGAGCAAGCCAGAGACUCGAGGGUGAGGAAGGGGAUGGGGAGGAGGGCCCUGGACACGAGGGAGAGCUGAACAAAGUGUAGAGCAGCAGGCUGGGCCUUGCCACGGGGAAAGCAGGCUCAGCACCCGGGAAAUAUGGAGCAAGAAGUCCUAAAGCAGGGGUGAAAAGGGCCACAAGGCAGGCAGGGAUCCUGGGCUCAGUGGGCUACUUGGCAGACAUCAUGGCUACUACUCAACUACAUGUGUAGGCAAAAGUCACCGUGAACAAGAAAGAGGCUGUGUCCCAUGAAACUUAAAGACCCAGUCCAAAAAUGGGCAUCUGAAAUGAGCAGACAUUUCUCAGACAAAGAAGUAGAAAUAGCAAAUAAAUACAUGAAAAAAUGUUCAACAUCACUGGUCAUUCAAGAGAUGCAAAUGAAAACAAUGCUGAGAUUCCACCUCA